AAAUGUAAAGCUUGAUGCAUAUCAAUCUUUCAUUUUUCUUAUCUAGGCUGCUGCAACAGGAGAUCAAAAAGCCGAGGUGGUCACAAAUCACAUACUAAAGGUCUUAGGGUUGGAUAUCUGUGCCGAUAUAAUGAUAGGAAACAAUAUGUUGCGAGGCAUAUCAGGAGGGCAAAAAAAGAGAGUAACUACAGCUGAGAUGCUCGUCACACCCGGACGAGCCCUUUUCAUGGACGAGAUAUCAACUGGACUUGAUAGCUCGACAACCUUCCAGAUUGUGAACUCCAUCCGACAAACAAUCCACAUUAUUGGUGGAACAGCAGUCAUUGCCUUGCUACAACCUGCACCAGAGACAUAUGAAUUAUUUGAUGAUAUAAUUCUCCUUUCAGAUGGUCAUGUUGUCUAUAAUGGCCCUCGACAAUAUGUUCUCGAGUUCUUUGAAAUAAUGGGAUUCAAAUGUCCCAAGCGAAAAGGCGUAGCUGACUUCCUGCAAGAAGUUACAUCAAUAAAAGAUCAAGGACAAUACUGGAUAAACAAUGAUGAGACAUACAGAUUUGUUCCGGUCAAGGAGUUUGCGGAGGCAUUUCAAUCUUUCCACGUUGGUCAAGCUAUAAGGAGUGAGUUAGUUGUGCCAUUUGACAAGGACAAAAGUCAUCCCGCAGCUCUGAAAAAAUCACAAUACGGUGCCAGCAUGAAGGAACUACUCAAAGCUAAUAUCAACAGAGAGAUAUUGCUCAUGAAGAGGAAUUCCUUUUUGUAUAUAUUCAAGGCAACCCAGUUGACACUCUUGGCGAUCAUUGCAAUGACCGUAUUUCUGCGCAUCAAUAUGCAUCGUGACUCGGUAACAGAUGGAGGGAUAUACAUGGGUGCUAUCUUCUUUGGGAUCUUGAUGAUAAUGUUCAAUGGGUUUGCAGAAGUAGGUCUAACUACUAUAAAGCUCCCGGUUUUUUUCAAGCAACGAGAUCUUCUCUUCUUUCCAGCAUGGAUAUACUCGUUGACUUCAUGGAUCAUUAAGACCCCCCUAUCCUUGCUCAAUGCAACAAUUUGGGUUGGGAUAACAUACUAUGGUAUCGGAUUUGAUCCCAACAUACAAAGAUUUUUUAGACAGCUCCUACUGCUCUUCUUAGUGAACGAGGCAUUUUCUGGACUCUUCCGCUUCGUUGCUGGCCUUGCAAGGCAUCAUGUUAUUGCAAACACCAUCGCUUCCUUCUGCAUGUUAAAUUUUAUGCUCACUGGUGGAUUCGUCAUGGCAAGAGACAAUGUGAAGAAUUUGUGGAUAUGGGGAUACUGGAUAUCACCCCUGAUGUAUGCACAAAAUGCCCUAUCGGUGAAUGAGUUCCUAGGUCAUAGCUGGAACAAGACAACCCCCAGUUUCAAAAGACCACUUGGAAGACUAGUUCUGGAAUCUCGAGGGAUUUUUCCUAAUACAAAGUGGUACUGGAUUGGUGCUGGUGCCUUGCUCGGAUAUGUGCUACUAUUUAAUAUCCUAUACAGUGUUUGCCUCACAUUCCUCAAUCCAUUUGACAACAACGAGCCAACAGUAUCUGAAGAAACAUUGAAGAUAAAACAAGCCAAUCUCAUUGGUGAACUUUUAGAAGCAUCAUCGGGAGGAUGGGUUAACAACAGUACAAUGGCAUCUAGAGAUACUGCAGACGGGAGCAAUGACAAAUCAAAUUCUGACCACACAACUAUGAAUUCUAUUCCAGGCAAGAAAGGAAUGGUCCUACAUUUUGUACCUCUCUCUGUCACAUUCGAUGAUAUAAAAUACAGUGUAGACAUGCCAGAGGAAAUCAAAGCACAAGGUGUGGUGGAGAGCCGAUUGGAAUUACUAAAAGGUGUCAGUGGUUCAUUUAGGCCAGGAGUACUCACAGCUCUUAUGGGUGUAAGUGGUGCCGGUAAGACAACACUGAUGGAUGUGUUGGUUGGACGGAAGACCAGUGGAUACAUAGAGGGCAACAUUACAAUCUCCGGAUAUCCAAAGAAGCAAGAAACUUUUGCUCGUGUAUCAGGUUACUGUGAGCAGAAUGACAUCCAUUCACCAAAUGUGACUGUGUAUGAAUCACUUGCAUUCUCUGCAUGGCUCCGAUUACCUGCCAAUGUUGAGUCCUCAACAAGAAAGAUGUUCAUUGAUGAGGUAAUGGAGCUAGUGGAACUUAACCCCUUAAAACAUGCAUUGGUUGGAUUACCUGGUGUGAGUGGAUUGUCAACUGAGCAGAGGAAAAGGCUAACAAUAGCAGUGGAGCUAGUUGCUAACCCUUCUAUUGUUUUCAUGGACGAACCAACAUCUGGACUGGAUGCACGGGCAGCAGCCAUUGUCAUGAGAGCAAUAAGGAAUACUGUAGAUACAGGAAGGACUGUUGUUUGCACAAUUCACCAACCGAGCAUCGACAUAUUCGAGUCUUUUGAUGAGCUCUUCCUGAUGAAACGAGGAGGUGAAGAGAUUUAUGUAGGCCCACUAGGUCGACACUCGUGUGAAUUGAUCCAAUAUUUAGAGGCUAUUGAAAAUAUCAGAAAGAUUAAAGACGGACAUAAUCCUGCAACAUGGAUGCUGGAAGUUACCAGUACAACACAAGAACAUAUAACCGGGAUUAACUUCAGUCAUGUAUACAAGAAUUCUGAAUUAUAUCGGAGGAACAAAAAAUUAAUAAAGGAGCUAAGCACACCUCCUGAAGGUUCAAGCGACCUAUCCUUUCCAACCCAAUACUCACAAAACUUCAUCACACAGAGUUUUGCUUGCCUGUGGAAGCAAAGUUUGUCAUACUGGAGAAACCCUCCAUAUACCGUUGUGAAGUACUUCUAUACUAUAGUACUUGCACUGUUGUUUGGGACAAUAUUCUGGGGUAUUGGAAGAAAAAGACACAAUCAACAAGACUUAUUCAACGCCAUGGGAUCCAUGUAUUCCGCAAUUCUGUUCAUGGGGGUGCAGAACUCUACCUCAAUUCAGCCGGUUGUGGCUGUUGAGCGCACAGUCUUUUACAGGGAAAGUGCAGCUCGCAUGUACUCACCUUUGCCAUAUGCAUUGGGACAGGUUGUAAUUGAACUUCCAUAUAUCCUUGUCCAGUCCUUAAUAUAUGGUAUUCUAGUAUAUGCUAUGAUUGGGUUCGAGUGGACAAUUGCCAAGUUCUUUUGGUACCUGUUCUUCAUGUACUUCACUCUAGCUUACUUCACAUUUUAUGGAAUGAUGUCGAUGGGACUGACCUCAAACUACAAUGUUGCCUCUAUUGCUUCUGCGGCGUUCUAUGCUCUCUGGAACCUUUUCUCGGGAUUUAUUAUACCAAGAACUAGAAUCCCAAUAUGGUGGAGAUGGUACUAUUGGCUCAACCCUAUUGCAUGGACACUCAAUGGUCUGGUCACUUCACAGUUUGGAGAUGUAACAGAAGAGUUUGAUAAUGGAGUGCGAGUAUCCGAGUUUGUAGAAAGCUACUUUGGGUACCAUCAGGACUUCCUGUGGGCAGUCGCUAAUGUGGUCGUCUUAUUUGCUGUUCUCUUUGCUUUCCUUUUCGGACUCUCAAUCAAGCUAUUUAACUUCGAAAAGAGAUAAGUGAUCAAGGAAGAGCAUAUCCAAGUUUGAUCGAAGACUAGCAGAGACAAUACAAUAGGACUAUGUCCUUUUACUUGUAUUGGAUACAUUUGAAUAUUACUGGGAAUAUUAGACAAUUUCAUGAUUAACUCUACAAUAUAAAUCAUGAUUAAAGUAACUAUUAGCAUGUAUACCUCUAGCAUACUAGAUGGAUUGAACAACAUCGUACAUGUAGCAGCAACCAUAAUUAGGGAGUAGAUCGAAAUAUGUAAUCGUUUGUAGAUGAAAAUAGUUGUGGUUGCUGACGACGUAAUGUUAUUGUCAACAAGUUAUCCA